AUGCACGUCUUGAUUGUUGGAGGAGGUCUAGGCGGACUCAGUCUCGCUCAGAGCCUACGCAAACAAGGUAUCUCCUUUGAGGUUUUCGAGCGCGAUGCCGACGAGAAUGCCCGAUUCCAGGGAUGGGCGAUUGCCCUACACUCCAUCAUCGAUCGUUUAUCGUCUUCUGUUCCAUCCGAUCUGCCAGAUCUCAGAGAAUCGACGAACCAUCUAUCGCCUUUGAAGCUUCCACCUCAGAUAGCGAUGUAUCUACCGGGUCGGACGGAUCGCGUCGGUUUCCAGGACUCUCCUCAGUUUCCAAUCAUCCGUGCGGAACGUGGUCGUCUUCGCAAGUGGCUGGCGACCAACAUUCCUGUCCGAUGGGGCUGCCAAGUCACGCGCAUCGAGCACGACGAGCAUGGAGUCUCAGUCCAUUUGGGAGAUGGAUCGAUUGCGAAAGGAGACUUUCUGGUCGGUGCAGACGGAAUAAAUAGUGUGGUCCGAGAGCAUCUCCUCCACCGAUCUAGCAAAGAACUCCUGCAGGUUGUGCCUCUUGCCACAGUUGUCGGUGAGCUAACCCUGUCGGGGGAGGCAUUCAAACGCCAAUUAUCCCUUGGUCACAGCGGUUACAUGUGCAUACGCUCAGACCUUGGGUUCAUCGCCUUCGUCGGGCUGCACUACACACUGCCAGACGGACUUUCUGGUCGCUACUACUGGAAUUUCAUGCAAAGCAGUGACGUUUCAGAUCCCAACCACUGGCUCCAGACGGCCAGUCCGCAGGAGAAACGGGAUCGUGUACUGAAUGCGAUCGGUGGCAUGCCGGCUGAAUUACGCGAGAUCUUUGAGCAGACCCCGGUCGAGGGAAUCCGGCCCGAGUCGCAUGUUUGGCGGGAUGUCGAGUUGGAUAGCUUGCCAGUUGGUCGGGUCGUCCUGGUAGGAGAUGCGGCGCAUGCCAUGACCCCAUUCCGUGGUGAAGGUGGGUAUCAUACGUUGAUUGAUACACUUCUCUUGGGUAAUAUCUUCGGAGAUAUGAAUACUGGUGCAAAAUUCAAGGAUCCUGCGGUUGUCGGGGAGAUAAUUGCUGGUUAUAAUGAGGAGAUGCUUCAGAGAGGCAGAAAGGCCGUGCAGGAUUCUAGAAAUCUGCAUGGAAAUGCAGGACGAGUUGGGCCUGAUGGGAAACCCUUAGUUGUGGAGAUGAUGCCAUUGUCAGAUGUGGAAAUCAAGUUGGGAAUUGAUAGUUGA